AGUUCGAGGGGGAAUAAUAAAGUGACGUACAAGCCAAGAUGGCGGCUCCCCGCGCCACGAUGAAAUUUUGGAAGCCGGGAACGGAGGCACCGGGGAUCUCAGAGGAACGGGAGCUCACCUCAGAGACCACAGUGUCUCCCAUCAUCUUCAACCCCAACACCGCCCUCUCCAUAGAGAAACAGAGGCAGAAACUCCCUGUUUUUAAGCACAGAAACAACAUUCUAUACUUGGUUGAAAGCCACCAGACUGUAAUCAUAGUUGGUGAGACUGGAUGUGGGAAGACGACACAAAUACCUCAGUACCUGCUGGAGGCUGGCUGGGCCACAGAAGGGAAAGUGAUUGGAGUGACGCAGCCUCGACGUGUGGCUGCAAUCUCUGUGGCUAACCGUGUUGCAGAGGAGCGAGGGGCCCUGCUGGGACACGAGGUUGGCUACACCAUCCGGUUCGAUGACUGCUCUGAUCCCCAUGCCACAAGGGUUAAGUUUCUAACAGAUGGCAUGCUAGUGAGAGAGAUGAUGGCUGAUCCUCUUUUGAAAAAGUACAGUGUGUUGAUGCUGGAUGAAGCACAUGAGAGAACUCUCUACACAGACAUAGCUAUUGGUCUGCUGAAGAAGAUUCAGAAGAAACGAAGAGACCUACGGGUGAUUGUGGCCUCUGCCACCCUGGAUGCCAAGAACUUCCAUGAAUUCUUUAACCUGAAUGACUCCGGGGAUCCAAACAAGGACACAAGUGCCAUUCUAACAGUAGAGGGACGCACUUUUCCAGUAGAUGUCUUCUACACGGUCAGUCCCGUCCCAGAUUACGUGAAGGCCACGGUAGAGACCGUGAUGAAGAUCCACGAGUCGGAGGAGGAUGGGGAUAUCCUGGCUUUCCUCACUGGACAGGAGGAGGUGGAGAAGGUGGUGUCUCUUCUGCAGGAGCAGGCCAGGGCUUUAUCUCGGUACGGUCUGAAGAAACACCUGAGGAUUUUGCCCAUGUACUCUGGACUUCCCUAUGCCGAUCAGAUGAAGGUCUUUGAGAGAGCACCUUCUAAUGUCCGCAAGAUUGUGGUGGCCACUAACAUCGCUGAAACCUCCAUCACAAUAAGUGGAAUAGUAUUCGUCAUCGACUGUGCAUUUGUGAAGCUGCGUGCGUACAAUCCUUGCACGGCCAUCGAAUCUCUGGUGGUCACGCCCAUCUCCAAGGCUUCAGCCAGCCAGAGGGCAGGCCGAGCCGGACGGAACCGCCCUGGCAAGUGCUUCAGGCUCUACACGGAGGAGGACUUUGAGAAACUGCCGGCCUCUACUGUUCCAGAAAUGCAGCGCUCCAAUUUGGCCCCUGUCAUCCUGCAACUCAAAGCUUUAGGCAUCGACAACGUGCUGCGGUUCAGCUUCCUCUCGCCUCCUCCAGCUCAGACUAUGGUACAAGCUCUGGAACUUCUGU